ACCACAAAAGCCAACAAUUUCUUUCUUAUAUAAAUAUUAUGAAUAAAAAAGAGAGAAAGAGAAAGAAACUAUUGCCGGUGUCAACGACGACCACAAUUGGAUAUCAGAAAUGACUGACCAUGACUUAGAUCAUGGUCAGACAAAUAACAAGAAUUAACAACAAUAUCACUCCACACACUUACAAGAGCCCUGCCAAAUGUUGAUUAGAACAGCAGCUCAUUUUAUUCACUUAUUCAUGUUUUUGUUUUUCUCUGUACCAGGUAAAGAGGAUGGACAAACUCGAAAAUGUACAACUUCCAAGUAGGCAACAAGCAUGGAAAAUAUGCUUUAGUAAAUGAGCUUGCCUGCGAAAAGGGAAAUAAAGGGAUACAAAGUCAGGAGCUUGCUUUCAAUUCGUGUCAACAAAGCUUGAGGAAGCCGCUGCCAUCGUUGUCCGAGUGUCAUCUAGACACUUCAGUUUUUUUCUUCAACGGAGACGCCAAGCUUUUCGAAUCCGCCGAAUAAUCCGUCGAGUAAAGGAACGUCAUUCUUUUCGAACCUUCACCGUAUUCGAACAAACAGGGGGAACGCCAUUCUUUUCGAACACCCUGAACGCCGACUUUUUUUUUUUCCCUGCUAAGGAAAGAGUUGUCUGUCUCUGUAGAACAACCCUUGUCGGACAACUUCUUCAAGAUUGAUGGUUGGGCGGGAUUCCUCGACAGCAAUGUUCUUCG